AUGGUGCGGGCGUUCGUGCUGCUGGCGCCGGGCGGGCCCGCCGGCCACGCCCCCUGCCGCGUGCUGUACGCGCGCACCUUCGGGAGCCCCCCCGGGACCGCCCCCGGGGGCUCCCGGCAGCGCCUCCGCCGCAAGGAGCAGCUGCUGGUCGUGGCCAGGCAAGUGGCCUCCCAGUGUCAACUGCUUCAGUCAUCCUCGGGGCGCCCGUCUUCCCCACAACUUCCCCAGCUACCCGAUGAGACGAUGUCGCUCCAAGAUGCUCCAGGGGGUCUUUUCCAGUUGCCCUCUGGAGACCCAUUCCCUGAGCGGGUUACAGUAGUCUGGUUGUCAGUGCUGGCCCUCGCCUUUGCCUUGGUUUGUGAACCCCAGGAGAAUCUAUCGUUAGCUGAGAUCACCCUGCGGCGCCUGGCUCCCCGCCUGCUCCUCUCCCUGCGCCUCCUCGGCCCUGGUGCUGAUGUCCUGCUCCGUCCUGAUGCUGCUGAUGGCCUCCUGGACCGUCUCCUGCCCCAUGGACAGAUGCUUUUCCUUAACGAACGUUUCCUCCAGGCAGUGGACCGAGAGCUGGGUAUCAAAGCAUCCCGCUAAGCUACAGAUGACAUUCCUGCCUAGCUGAUAUUUUUUGGGGAUGAGAGACAAGGGAGGGAUCCGAGAUGGUCACCAAGCCCCACAGGAUGGAUGAGAAACACGGUUCAGGAAUAAAGAGCAAUGAGCCAGCUAAGAGCAGGGUUUUAAUCCAUUUAUACCCCAACACCAUCAUGGAAGAGCUAAUAGCCAUCUUUAUAAAUCCACCUGGAGCUGGAACAGUGCCAAGUUCCUGCACUGCAUUCCUGCACUGCAUUCCUGCACCACUCCACGUGCACAUGACAGCAAGUGGAGGCUGCACGUGGCCGUGAUGCUAAAAGAGGGAUCCUGGGUUGUGGUUACCCCAGCUGAGCACUGUGGGGCAGGCAUGGGGUCCCCAGCAGGCUCUGGGAGGGGACCUUGGCAGGGUACAUGGUGCAACCAGGGGUGUGCAUCCGGCUGUGGGGCAUUGGGGUCUCUGUAUGGGUGAUUGAAUGAAUAGACAGUGGGGCAGGAUGCAGCUGUGUGCCUCGUGCAGCAGGGUGGUUGUCCCUAGAUGGUACUGCUUGGGGCCAGGGGACCUGUGUGACACCCUGGGAGUUGGCAGGAGCUGGCACCCACCUACCCAGCUCUGCAGGAUGCAGUGGGGGGCAGGGUCCUAGCCUAGCACUUUCUGGGUGCUGGGAAAUCCAGUGAGACAGGAGUUGGCAUGCACAGCUCUUCCACAGUGUGCCAGGAACAGGCUGGGCACUGCCAGGCCAUGCAGAGGGGCUGUCACGGGGCCAGACCCCAAAGUGCUUUCCCUUGUAACUGCACCAGUAAAGCUGGAGUACCUGACGAGUGGUGCUGGACACUGGGCUUCAGCCAUGAUGGGUCUCUGGCUGUGCUGGGGGAAUCUCACUGUGCGCUGGAGGUGUGGGAGUAUUGUGGGAGUCUUCACCUUCCCAUGUGAUAGCAGCUGUCACAUACUGCACCCACAACUGGCUUGAAUGCAAGCAAAAGCCAAAGAGACGUUAUCCUGGACUGUUUAGAUGUUGUUAGCAAUUAACUCUUGAUGAGCAUCAACUGGAAUCCGAAUGUAGGGCCAUUAUUGUGUAUGCAUUGAUAGGAUUACGGUUGCUGGAUUUCAAUAUCACUGGGUUUAUGGCCAAAAUUUUCUUGCAAAUCAGCCACCUGAAUUGGAUCAAAUGGGAUAGUUAUUUGUAUGUAAUUUUCCUCUCCACCCCAAGGUCUAGUAGAUGUAGAGGGAGUUGAAGGAGAUAAAGAAUCAUCUUUUCCCAGUUCUCUGUCAUGGGGAUAGCCCUGCAUGUUUCCAUCCCAUGUAAGUCUGCUAGACUUUUCUUGGAGCUUUGAUAUCUUGGUUGCCAUAUAUGGCACCAUUUUGGUAGCAGUUUGUGGACCCUGUCCAUCAUCUGUAUUUCAAUUUUAAGUAAAGGUCAUAAUGUUAUUUCCUCUUCAUCA